UCCACCAGUAUAGAACCAGUCCUCCACUAGAAUAGAACCAGUCCUCCACCAGUAUAGAACCAGUCCUCCACUAGAAUAGAACCAGUCCUCCACCAGUAUAGAACCAGUCAUUUAUCAAAACAAACUUGACUUUGUCCUCUCAGGCUGAGACGAGUGAAGAUGGAGCAGAGGAAGCUGGCAGACCAGGCCCACACGGUGGCGGACGUGGCCAAGACCCAGAACAUGAUGUACGACCUGGUUCUGGAGCUCCAGCACCGCAGUGAGGAUCUGGACCGGAGGACCGUGGCUCUGGAGCAGAAGCUGGACUCCGUCCUGCUCGGCGUGCGGUCGCUGCCCGCCGUUCUGUCUCAGGCCAUCACCAAGCUGCAGAAGGACUUCCUGGACGACUUGGCGUGUCGCGUCCACUUCCUGUCGUCCUCCCUGAGCUCCGAGUGCUGCUCCGUGCCGUCCGGGCAGCUCUGCCCCGGGCCGGAGGCGCCGCUCCGCUCGUAG